GAAUGAGGGAAGUGAGAGUGUGUGUAAGUACAAAACAGAGAAGCAAAGCUCUGCUAGACCAUCUUGACAUCUAAUCUUGACACCUCAGUUCACUUUAUCUUAUAAAAAUGAUGAGCACUGAUCACACUGAAUGGAAAACAUCAUUGCUAGCAGUACUUGCUAGUAGCUCAGUAUUUCUAUAAGAUGCCCUGACCAGUCAAGACCACUAGUAGACCUGAUGCCACAGCCCAUCAUUUAAGUACAGGAUAUGUUGUCCUGCACAAGCGCGCAGGUGUCAGGAUCACCGUCUGAUGGACAGGGAGGGCGUGACGUCAUCAACGGGGCACCAACGAGUUUGCCAAAGAAAAGCUUGUAGAUUCAUUCCACUGUGGAAGAGGGACACCGGGAGUCGAACAAAUGAGGUGUAUCUCAAAUGAACGCUCUCUCAGCGGUUUCUCCGGGUGACACUAUCGCGGGGAAUGCAUGAGGAGCGUGACACAUAGCUGCGUGAGGAGAAUGGAGGGUACAGGACAGCCUGGAGCUGGAGACGCCUCUCACAGGCAAUGCCCUAUUGCUCCUCUCUAAGCAAUGGCCUGGCAAAAUACAUCCCCAUUCCGAUAUGGCUUUGACCUGGGGGGAUAUUACCAGGAUCUGCGUCCUCUGGGCAUGGGAGCAUCAGGCCUCGUCCUCUCUGCGGUGGACAGGCGCAGCGGCCUGCGUGUGGCAGUGAAGAAGCUGGUAAUGCGAGAUGCCGUCAGCGUAAAACACGCUCUGAGGGAGGUGAAGAUCACCCGCCGCCUUCAGCAUGAGAAUGUGGUUAGGGUGUAUGACGUGUUGGGGCCAUCCGGUCACCCUUUACCCCGUGACUUGACCCAUGUCCCGGCAAUAUACAUUGUGCAAGAGUGUAUGGAAACUGACCUGGCAAAGUUACUCGAGCAAGGGCCGUUGCCAGCAGAACACGCCACCCUGCUCUUUUAUCAGCUGCUUCGUGGGCUCAAGUUCAUCCACUCGGCCAACGUGCUGCACCGUGACCUCAAGCCAGCGAACAUCUUUAUAAACACGGAGCAAAUGCUGCUGAAGAUCGGAGACUUCGGCCUGGCUCGCAUUGUCGACCCACAUUACUCACACAAGGGUUACCUGUCAGAGGGAAUGGUCACUAAAUGGUACCGUUCACCAAGACUGUUGCUGUCUCCAAAUAACUACACUAAAGCAAUCGACAUGUGGGCCGCAGGCUGCAUUCUGGCUGAGAUGCUCACAGGACGCAUGCUGUUUGCAGGUGCUCAUGAGCUGGAGCAGAUGCAGCUGAUUUUGGACACUGUGCCUGUUAUUAGAGAGGAGGAUAGACAGGAACUACUGAAGGUCAUGCCCUCUUUUGUAGGUCAAGGGUGGGAGGUCAAGAGGUCACUCAGAGAACUACUGUCAGAGGUGGAGGACAAAGGCAUUGAUUUCCUGGAGUGCAUCCUCACUUUUAAUCCCAUGGACCGGCUGACAGCAGAAGCAGCUUUGUCUCAUCCAUACAUGCAAAGAUACUCGUGUCCUCAGGAUGAGCCUGUCUCCCUGCAGCCUUUUCGUAUAGAGGACGAGCUAGAGGACAGUGUGGUCACUGAGCACGGUCAUGCGCUCAGCUCCCACUGGGACAGGUAUGAUGGGAGUCUGUCUUCAGACGUUUUUUGGCGGCCGCAGGAGCAGUGUGGGUGCAUGCAGAGCGUCUCAGAGCUGGGAGAGGCAGAAGACGACGAAGUUCAAAGAGAUCCACGAGCGAGCUUGACGGCUCACAUCGAGGAGGCUCAGGUAGACCCUCGCAAAUACUCCCACAGCAGCUCCGCAGAGCGCUUCCUGGAGCAGUCCCACUCGUCUCUGGAGCGGGUCUGCGGCCAGUUCACCGAGCUGGACUGUGGCCGCUCCUGCGAUUACAAGGUGGGCUCUCCGUCCUACCUGGAUAAGAUUGCGUGGCGAGAAGGGAAGCCGCAGCACUACUCUGAACCCAAGCUAAUACUGGACCUGUCUCACUGGAGGCAUAACAGCAUGUCUGCUCCAAGAGGUGGCAGCGUGGAGAAGCUUCUUGCCGAGCCUGGAGAUCUGUUUCGGGAGAUCUCGCGCUGGGUGGAAAGCGCACAGUCUGGACUCCACUCACCCGGUUCUCCUCAAGAACCUCUCACCUCCCUGUGUUCCCCUCCUCAACCGCUGUCUCCUACAAUGCUGCCUCAUUCUCACACGCAAAGCCCAGCGCCUUUGCAACUGUCUAGCCCUCACCAGCUCCAUGAGGACAGGAGGAGGAGUCCUACCCCAUUCUUCUCCGCUCCUCCAUCUCUGCUGCCCUCAUCUCCUUCCUCUCCUCAUCAUGAUUCAUCUGAUUAUCCGUCUUCCUCUAUUUGUUGUGAAAAUGAUGAAGAGCCCUCGCAGAUGGAUCCUUCCGGAGAGGAACAUUUUGACCUAGAUGUGUUUAUCUCUCAGGCUCUGAGGCUUUGUAGUCAGAGCGAGGUACUCUCGGAGAACGCGGAUGCUCCCAAACCAGGCAACGUUAGCCGCGUUCAUAAUAUCUCAGAUCACAGACCCUCCAGAACACAAACUCCAACCCCUGAGAUUGUCAAGGCUCAUGAGUGCCAUAAGGAGCACUGGUAGAAGAGAGAUGUGACUUUUUAUUUAAUGAUUUUAAAGAUGUUUGAUUAGUACAGCUUAUUUAAGGUGGCAUGAAUUAAUGUGAAUACCGAGGACCUUUUGAAGACCAGAUUUUUGAGAAUGUUGUUUUAUUAUGCUGAGAUUCUGUAUUCCACCAGAAAUCCAAAGUAUUUACCUCUAGGAGGAGGAUCACCUGACAAAAACAUCUGAGAUCUCAGAUAUGAAUUGAAUGGAGCCCUGAAGGCCCAUGGUGAUGUGAACAUUUUUAUUUGUUCUCUCUCUCAAGAAAAUGUGUUUUUACGAGAGACAUCUGCGUGCUCUCAUAUUUGAUUUCCCGCACUUUAAUGCUGUUAACUAUUCCAACUUUUUAAUAUUUUUUUUGGUGAAUUGAUUUAAAGCAUAUGAAAACUAAUUUUGUUAGACAAAUUUUGAAAGUUUCUUAGGAAAUGAAAGGAAAAUGCAAAAAGUAUUUUUUCCCCUUUCAACUAAUUUCCCCCCACAACUGUAUCUCUUGAGACCCUUCUGUAAAUUUGAAACUAAAAUGUUUUAUUGAAUGUUACUAAAAGUUUUGUGCAAGAGUGAAGAAUUUGUCUGUUAAUUCUGUUUAGCACAAACUUAGGUCUGCAUAAUUUUUAAUUAGCACUUAAUUAAAUUAUAUAAAUAAGUGCGUAAUGGAGGUAAUUUUUCAACCGUUAUCUAAAAAAAAUGGCACUUUUGAUAUUAAAGUUUUCACUUACAAUGAAAUAAAGACUAGUCAUUUCAA